CUCGGAGUCAUACGGAGCUCCUCUACUUACCUCGCUUAAUGUUUUCCACUACUUCAGCCCGUCUGUGAACCUGUUUCUCUAGAUGUCGUACGACUUUUAUAUCAUUCUGUAACAGGUUUGUCACAGUCUGAUGACCCCGUCCAGGGGUAAAGCUGGGGAGCAAUGAACACAGGCUCUCAAAUCCGCCUGUUACUGUGGAAGAACUGGACCCUCCGCAAGAGACAGAAGGUCCGCUUCCUGGUUGAGAUCUUCUGGCCGGUGUUGUUAUUUGUUGGUUUGGUGUGGCUGAGGAAGGCCAAUCCACUCUACCAGCAACAUGAAUGUCAUUUUCCCAACAAGGCCAUGCCAUCAGCAGGGAUUCUCCCCUGGAUACAGGGCAUCUUCUGCAACGCCAACAACCCCUGCUUCAGAUAUCCCACCAGAGGAGAGUCUCCGGGUGUUGUCUCCAACUAUAACAACUCAAUAUUGGCCCGGUUCUACGUUGAUGCCCAGGAGCUUCUACUCAACGAGACAGAGGUCCAGCAGCUUAGCCGUCUUUGGCUCGAAAUGACAUCCUUUGCAAACUUUAUGGACACUUUACGCAACAACCCAUCUCUGCUGUCAGGCCGUGGACUGAAGGUUGAUGACAUCCUGAAAGACGACGAGGUCUUCACCGCCUAUCUUUUGCGAGAUGUUCCCCUCUCAGAGUCUAUAGUCUACCAGCUCGUCAGUGCAAAGAUACGACUAGAACAGUUUGCCUUUGGUAUCCCCGACCUUCAGCUGAAAGACAUAGCCUGCAGCCAGGCCCUGCUGGAGCGCUUCCUCAUCUUCCCAAGUCGCAUGGGGCUCCAUGUGGUCCGCAACGCCAUGUGUGCCCUCAGCCAGGAAAGCUUACAAAGGAUUGAGGACGUCCUUUAUGCAAAUAUGGACUUCUUCAAAAUCUUCAAACUGAUGCCUCAGGUUGUGGACAGCGGCUCACAGGGGAUCGACCUGCACUUCUGGGGUCGGGUUCUUAAGGCGAUGUCGGAAAGGAUCCAAGUUCUGAUGCAGCGGGAGAGCACCCAGGACCUCCUGAAGGCCGUUUCUUCUCUGUUUCAAGAUGGAGGCCCUGCCUCGUUCACCCAGCUGAUGUCCAGCAUGUCGAACCUCUUCUGUGGAUAUCCAGAGGGAGGAGGGUCCAGGGUCCUGUCCUUCAACUGGUACGAGGACAACAACUACAAAGUGUUUCUGGGAGUCAAUGGAACCAAGAGCCAAAGUUACAUCUACGACGACUCUGCAACUCCCUUCUGCAACGCCCUGAUGCAGACCCUGGAGGCCAACCCGAUCACAAAGAUCGUGUGGAAUUCAGUCAAGCCCCUGCUGAUGGGAAAGAUCCUGUACACCCCCGACUCCCCUGCCGUCCACAAGAUAUUAAAGAGUGCUAACACAACAUUUGAAGAGCUGGAGAGGUUACAGAACAUGGCCAAAGCCUGGGAAGAGCUGGGGCCUCAGCUGCAGGCUUUCUUCCAGAACAGCGUCCAGAUGAACAUGAUCAGGGACACCUUGAGGAACCCCACGGUGAUGAACUUCAUGGACCAACAUCUGCAGGACACUGACUUCACCACCAAAGACAUCCUGAACUUUCUUUACAAUGGCCCAGAGGACUGGAGGGAGCCGGGGAUGCCUAACUUUGACUGGAGGACAAUUUAUAACACGACUGACCAGAUCAUACGCAUGUUCAACAAGUAUGGAAAGUGCAUCAAUCUGGAUAAGUUUGUGCCUUUCACGGAUGAGUCCCAGAUGAUCCAUCAGGCCUUGCACUUGCUGGAGAAGAACAAGUUCUGGGCUGGGGUGGUCUUCAUGGACAUUUAUCCCUGGACAUUAAGUGUCCCCUCGCAUGUCAAGUACAAGAUCCGCAUGGACAUCGACGCAGUGGAGCGAACCAACAAAAUCAAAGACAGGUACUGGGACCCUGGCCCAAGAGCAGACCCCAUGGAGGAUCAGAGGUACAUCUGGGGGGGCUUUGCUUACCUGCAGGACAUGCUUGAACAUGGCAUCAUCAAGAUUCACACAGGAAACGACUGGCCACUAGGGGUCUACGUCCAGCAGAUGCCAUACCCGUGCUAUGUAGAUGACCUCUUCAUGAUCACACUGAACCGCUGCUUCCCCUUGUUCAUGGUGCUAGCCUGGAUCUACUCUGUGUCCAUGACUGUGAAGAGCAUCGUGCUGGAGAAGGAGAUGCGCCUUAAGGAGACUCUCAAAGCCAUGGGCGUCCAAAACGGAGUCAUUUGGUACACAUGCUUCAUCGACAGCUUCAUCAUGAUGACUGCCAGCACGGCGCUGCUCACCGCCAUCAUCAUGGGUGGAAAAGUGCUCAAUUACAGCAACCCCCUCCUGGUCUUCUUCUUCCUGCUGACGUUCACCGUCACCACCAUCAUGCAGUGUUUCCUCAUGAGUGUUUUCUUCAACAAGGCAAACCUGGCAGCCGCCUGCAGUGGCAUCAUCUACUUCACCCUCUAUCUGCCGCACAUCCUCUGCUUCGCCUGGCAGGACCGCAUCACUAAGAAUAUGAAACUGGCAGCUAGCCUGUUGUCUCCUGUAGCUUUUGGCUUUGGGACAGAGUACCUGUCGCGAUAUGAGGAGCAGGGGUUGGGUCUGCAGUGGGACAACAUCCAGACAAGCCCAUUAGAGAAAGACAAAUACUCCUUCCUCACCUCCAUCUUCAUGAUGGUGUUUGAUGCUGUCCUCUACGCCUUCCUGGCCUGGUAUCUGGAUAAUGUCUUCCCAGGACAGUACGGCAUUGGUCGACCAUUUUACUUCCCGUUCCAGCCCUCCUACUGGCAAACUCCCGCAUCUCCACACAAGGAAACAGCCAAUCCAGAUCCAGACAAACCCGAAGAAAACCACGUGGAGAAGGACGUGGAGAGCAGAGGCACGCCUGAGAUGUACUGUAACGGUUCAGCCAGCAAGAAAACCUGUAAGCACCAGAGUAAGAGGGAACGACUGGAGAGAGAGAAGGAGAUGCUGAGAAGACAACAAGAGACUCCAAAUCAGGAGGAGGAGGUUCAGGAGGAGGGGAAAGAAGGUCAAUUGCUCUUUGAGGCGGACCCAGACGGCCUGGUGAUGGGGGUGCAGAUUCAGAACCUGGUGAAAGUGUUUGACGGACGCUCUCGUCCUGCUGUCAACGGUCUCAACAUCAACUUCUAUGAAAGCCAGAUCACAUCCUUUCUGGGGCACAACGGGGCUGGAAAAACCACCACCAUGUCCAUCCUGACCGGCCUGUACCCUCCUACAUCUGGCACUGCAUACAUCUAUGGAAGAGACAUUCGAACUGACAUGGACACCAUCCGCUCAUCUCUGGGGAUGUGUCCUCAGUACAACAUCCUCUUCAAACAUCUCACCGUGGAGGAGCACAUCCUCUUCUACUCACUGCUGAAGGGUCGCACACAGGAGGAGGCUGAAAAGGAGGUGGAGAGCAUGCUGGUGGACCUCGGACUUCCUCACAAGAGAGACGACGAGGCUCAGAAUCUCUCAGGCGGUAUGCAGAGAAAACUGUCAGUGGCCAUGGCGUUUGUUGGAGGGUCUAAGGUUGUGAUUCUGGACGAACCUACCUCAGGAGUGGACCCUUACUCCAGGAGAUCAAUCUGGGACCUCCUGCUAAAAUACAGAGCUGGCCGGACAGUGAUUCUGUCCACUCAUCACAUGGAUGAAGCCGACCUGCUGAGCGACCGCAUCGCCAUCAUCUCUAAAGGACAACUCCACUGCUGCGGAUCCCCGCUCUUCCUCAAGAACUGCUUCGGCGUUGGUUUCUAUUUGACGCUUGUGCGCCGCAUGAAGGAUCUCAAGAGGAGGGAGAAUGACUGUGACUGUGCCUCAGACUGCUCCUGUACCUGCUCCAUCUGUACCAGCUACAAAGAUCAGUCUCAGAACCAGUCCCAGCAUCUAGACAGAGUCAUGGAGGGAGACUUAGACAGCAUCAGUAGUCUCAUCCACCACCACGUCCCUGAGGCCAAGCUGAUCGAGACCAUCGGUCAGGAGCUGACCUACCUGCUCCCCAACAAGGGAUUCAAACACCGAGCGUACGCCAGCCUGUUCAGGGAGCUAGAGGAGACGCUCACUGACAUGGGCCUCAGCAGCUUUGGCAUCUCUGACACAUCACUGGAGGAGAUUUUCAUAAAGGUCACAGCAGAUGGAGAAGCAGCGAGUCAUGCCAUCACUCCCGAGCAGUGGAUAUUGAGGAGGAGAAAAAAAGACAGCAUGGUUGAGGAUGAAGAACAAAAUGGUGUGAUAAACGGCACUACUGGAGGUGCAUCAGACUGCAGUGCAGGACGCGGCACCCGGCAAGUGAAAGGAUUCAAUCUGAUCCUGAAGCAGUUUCACGCGCUGCUGGUGAAGCGGUUUCAUCACGCCACGAGAAGCAAGAAAGACUUCCUGGCACAGAUCGUCCUACCUGCCAGUUUUGUCCUCAUAGCUCUGAUCUUCACCAUGAUUGUUCCUCCGUUUGGAGAGUACCCGAGUCUGACUCUGACUCCCUGGAUGUACGGACAACAGUUCACCUUCUUCAGUAACGAGCAACCAUUCGACCCCAAAAUGAAACGCUUCGUAGAGCGCUUACUGAACAGACCAGGCCUGGGGACACGCUGCAUGGAGGGGGAACCACUAGGAUUGGCGUGUAGUAACAGCACCUUAGACUGGGAGGAUCCUGCCGUCUCCCCCGAGCUCAGCAACAUCCUCCAAAGUCAAGAGUGGAACCAGAGGAACCCAUCUCCAUCCUGCAUGUGCAGCACCAGCGAGAAGCUCACCAUGAUGCCCGUCUGCCCCGCUGGAGCUGGAGGUCUUCCUCCUCGACAGCGGAUAGAGGCCUCUGGAGACACCAUGCUGGACUUAACCGACAGGAACAUCUCUGACUACCUGGUGAAAACAUACCCCAGUCUCAUCAGAGCCAGUUUGAAGAGCAAAUACUGGGUGAAUGAACAAAGAUAUGGCGGUCUAUCAAUGGGAGGACAGCUUCCCAUCCUCGAUGUCAACCCCCUGAACAUCCAGAAUGUUUUCCAUCAGCUGGGACGAAUGUUCAACAUCACAGGGGGUCACUACUCUGGACUUGCGCUCAGGGAGAUUGGUCCUUUUUUACGUUACAUGGAGAGUGAAUUCAAUGUAAAGGUUUGGUACAACAACAAAGGCUGGCACGCCAUGGUUGCUUUCAUGAAUGUGGCCAACAACGCCAUCCUACGUGCUUUUCUACCUCAGUCUGCAAAACCUGUUGAGUUUGGUAUCACAGCUAUCAACCAUCCUCUGAAUCUCACCAAAGAGCAGCUCUCGGAAGUCACAGUGUUGACUACCUCAGUCGAUGCCGUGGUGGCGAUCUGUGUUAUUUUUGCCAUGUCCUUCAUCCCUGCCAGCUUCGUCCUCUACCUCAUCCAGGAGCGCGUGACCAAGGCCAAACACCUGCAGUUUGUGAGCGGGGUCAGCCCUUUGGUUUACUGGGUGGCCAACUUCUUCUGGGAUAUGAUGAACUACUCUCUCAGCACAGCGAUGGUGGUCGGGAUUUUCGUGGCUUUUGACAAAAAGUGUUACACAUCACCUACAAAUCUGCCAGCACUUGUGAUACUUCUUUUACUUUAUGGGUGGUCUGUGACACCCAUGAUGUAUCCCAUGUCCUACAUAUUCAGCAUCCCCAGUACUGCGUACGUCUCGCUCUCCUGCAUUAACCUGUUCAUAGGCAUCAACACCAGCGCCAUCACCUUCAUACUGGAGCUCUUUGAGAACAAUCGGUCUCUGCUGAUGUUUAAUGAGUGGCUGAAGAAAGGCCUGCUGGUUCUCCCUCACUUCUGCCUGGGUCGAGGGCUCAUCGACAUGGCCAUGAACCAGGCUGUUACUGACGUCUACGCCAGAUUUGGUGAGGAGUUCACGCAGGAUCCUUUCCGGUGGGACUUUGUGGGGAAAAAUAUUGCCUUCAUGGCUGUGGAAGGAUUUGUGUACUUUAUUCUCAAUCUUCUGAUCCAGUACCGCUUCUUCCUGGACCACUGGUUAUCAGAGAAAAAAGAAAGUCCAAUACAAGAUGAGGACGUUGACGUUGCAGCAGAGAGGCGGAGGAUUUAUGAAGGAGGCAGUACCACGGACAUCCUGCAGAUCAGAGACCUCUCGAAGACCUAUGUGGGCAGGAAGAGGGCAGCUGUGGACCGGAUUUGUGUCGGUGUUCCUGCAGGAGAGUGCUUCGGUCUCCUGGGAGUUAAUGGAGCUGGAAAGACGACGACCUUCAAAAUGCUGACUGGUGACACCGAUGUCAGCUCCGGGGAGGCGACUGUGGCUGGAUACAGCAUCCUGACAGAGAUCCUGGAUGUGCACCAAAACAUGGGCUACUGCCCUCAGUUUGACGCCAUUGAUGAGCUCCUAACCGGCAGGGAGCAUCUGUACCUGUACGCUCGUCUCAGAGGGGUACCGGAGUCUGAGAUCCCCAGAGUGGCAGAGUGGGGCAUCCAGAAACUGGGUCUGACUGAGUACGCCAGCCGCUGUGCAGUGACCUACAGCGGAGGCAAUAGGCGCAAACUCUCCACCGCCAUCGCCAUGAUUGGCUGCCCAGCACUGGUGCUGCUGGACGAGCCCACGACAGGGAUGGACCCUCACUCUCGACGCUUCCUGUGGAACGCCAUCAUGAGUGUGAUUCAGGACGGCAGGGCGGUGGUGCUGACAUCACACAGUAUGGAGGAGUGCGAGGCUCUCUGCACACGACUGGCAAUCAUGGUCAACGGGACCUUCAAGUGUCUGGGAACCAUCCAACAUCUCAAAUACAAAUUUGGUGACGGCUACGUAGUGACCAUGAAAAUCAAGGCAGCUAAAGCAGGAUCGUCCCCAGACCUGGAGCCUGUAGAGAAUUUCAUGGAGAGCUGCUUUCCUGGCUGUGUUCAGAGGGAGAAACACUACAACACGCUACAGUACGAGAUCGCUGCCUCCUCCUUAGCCAGGAUAUUUCAGCUGGUGGUGGCCAAUAAAGAGAGACUCAGCAUCGAAGACUACUCCGUUUCCCAAACAACACUGGAUCAGGUGUUUGUCAACUUUGCCAAGCAACAGACGGGGGAGGACGAGGACGUAUCGUUACAGAAACGAACAGCAUGUGGAAGAAAAGACAUAAAGAUCUCACCCACGCAGAGAAAAACAUGAAAGCGUCUCCUUUAAAUGUACAGAAGCACUGAUGAAGAGGUGUUUCUCUGCUGGGCGGUAAUAAAGCCUCCUACAUCCCCAUUUAUACAUUUUAAAUAGCCAAACUGCUUUAUUAGAGAUUUCUUUAAUGGACCAGCCUUGCCAGUGAUCAGCAAAGUCAGUAGUAGGACAUUUUAUUUACACAGCCUUAGAAUAACUUUAUAUCCUUUGGCUGCAAACAGAUGAUCCAUAUUUGAUCAAAACUGUGAAUAUACAUUCCAAUAAUUGCUUUGACUUGAAAUCAUACAUGUGAACAGCUAAAACUGAUCUAAAAAUAGCUGAUUCUUCAUCCAAGAAGUAGCAAAUGUAUUGUUGCUGAGGUUUUACUGGCCUGUAUAAAUUUGUAAAUACUGUAUGUGUAAUGAAUGCUUAAAGGGUUGGCCCGGUUUUUGAAGCGAGGUUGUAUGCAGCACUUUCCAACAGUCAGUGUAUUCUGAACAGUUUCUCUGAGUGAGAAGGAAUAAUUUGAAAUUCUUUCAUGGAAGCUGUUGACAGCAGAAGUAAAAGCACAGCAGGCUGGACUCUCAAAAGGAGUCUGCAGCUUCUGCACUUGUUAAACCUGCGAGAAUGAGUCAAAAAGACAUUGUCUUAGGGCGCACUCUUACAAGGCAAUGUGUAAUGUGCCAUCCACGAUUUAGCCCCGAAGUCUAGUUUAUUUGAUCAGUGUGAGUGCUCUGUUCAUCACUAAGGCAUGGUACAUUUCCUUGGCCCUGGCAUGCAUGGAAGAGGUGGGAUUAGACACGGUUUCAAUUGCUCGUUUACGUGCAUAAGCAUGAUUGUCUAGCGUGGGCAUGUCAUAUAAUCAAAACGGCUGUUCCUCUCAACAAUCAUCUUUGUGAAUGGCAGUGUUAGAGAGUUCUACUUGCAUGGGUAUACAAUCAUCUGCCAAACCUCCCAUACAAAGCGUAUGGGAAGGAUAUGACUUAAAAAAAAUUUCUAGGAAGGUGAUUGGGCAAAUGUUCUCUCUGUCAUAUUUAUUACCAGCCAAUCAGAGCAAAAAGACAAAACGAGGUGCACAGCUUCUGUAAGUAACUUGAGCUUGACAGUAAGAUGCUGUUGUAAUUUAUGAAUAGUUGAGCUUGUUGGUGGAUAAAACUUAAGCCAAGGUCUGUCUGAAAAAGUGACAAAUAAGAAAA